AUGCACCAGGAUCCAUUUAAAGAUCCUAUGGCUUGCUGGAUCAAGACCAAGGUCCCAUCUCUUUUCUCCAGAAUCGGUGAGAAGAUCACAAAGGAGAUGGUGGUCAUCAACCCAGAGCACCAUCCAAACUGCCACCCAAUGAUCACCUUCAUGGUCGAACUUGAGGGCAAGCUUGCUGAAGACUACCCAGAGCAGGCUCCACCACCACCACCUCCAGAGCUAGUCAAGCCAAAGGUUUUGUUUGUAUAA